AUGAACCACGCGGAAAUCACUGUCCAACCCUCCCCGGCCAUGCCCUCGGAGCUUGCGCUUCGGGGCAGCUCGGCGCUCAUAGAAGCAUUCGAGGGUAUUGCCUAUGGAUCGAUUGCAGGCAUUGUCGGCAAAUACAUCGAGUACCCUUUCGACACGAUUAAAGUACGAUUGCAAAGCCAACCCGACCAUCUUCCUCUUCGAUACACCGGCCCUCUCGACUGCUUUAAACAAUCAUUCAAGGCAGAUGGAUUCCUGGGCCUCUACCGAGGCAUCAGUGCUCCGCUAGUCGGAGCCGCCGCCGAGACGAGCAGCCUCUUCCUCUUUGAAAAGGUUGGACGCGAGGCGCUCUUCGCCUCCGGUCUUGCUUCACGAGAGAAGGGUUUGUCUGUUCCAGCUCUAUGGGUUACUGGUGCAUUCUCUGGUGUCUGUGCCUCGUUUGUCCUGACCCCGAUUGAGCUCGUCAAGUGCAAGGUCCAAGUGCCUCAGCAUGUGGAGGGUGGAGCAGCGCCAGCCAUGCGACCACUCGCCGUUGUGCGCGAUGUGUUUCGUCAUGAAGGGUUGAGGGGAUUCUGGCAUGGCCAGAUGGGCACGCUGAUCAGAGAAGGUGGAGGAAGCGCCGCCUGGUUUGGUGCCAAGGAAACUGUCACUUCAUUGUUCUACGGCGCGAAGACGAGGGCGGCCAAGUCUCGAGCUGAGGUGGAGAGAAUCAUGUCCCAACCGUUGCCCCUUUGGCAGCAAGCUGUCGCUGGUGCUUCUGCUGGCGUUUCCUACAACUUUCUCUUCUUCCCUGCCGACACUAUCAAGUCUCGCAUGCAGACUGUGGCUGUGGGUACGCUCGCAGAGAAGCGUACGUUCUGGAAUGAGGGUGUUGCGGUUUGGCAACAAUAUGGGUUGCGUGGCCUGUAUCGUGGAUGCGGCAUUACCUGCCUACGUUCAGCGCCUAGCUCAGCCUUCAUCUUCAUGGUUUACGAUGGCUUGAAGAGACACUUCCCCUUGCAAUAG